CAUUUCAGCCAGUUGACUAUAAGAAGAUGAGGAUAUGUGUCUCAAAAAAAUUUGUAGAGGGGCCUUAUUGAACUAAAAGUCUCCACAUAUUCUGAAUUCUUCAAUGCGAAGUACGAACGCUUCCUUCCAUAGUAUUCUACUCUCUGCUCUCUGCUUUCAUUCCAAGCAGGGUGAGAGUGCUUUUUGCAUGAAACAAUUCGGUGGAACGCAACCAUCACCGCCAUCGCAAUCUCUCUUUCUCUCUCUUCCUAUCUCUCUCUAACCUGUAAUCUUUCUCAGUCCUCUCCCGCGCUUUCUUCUCAAUAGCGAUUCAUUAAUCGCUUCGGUGCUCUCAGAGUACCGAAAAUUAAUUAAGAAGAGCUUUUUCAUUGUCAAAACGGUACAGCAACUCAAAGAGGAUCAUAAUCAUUAGCUUAUGCUAAAUAUUUUGAUUUAAUGGGAUGAAUACUCUUCCAUCCACGCAUGUUCACUGCAAAAGCAGAAGUUAACUCAAAUGCUCGCAAGGUAUGGGAGUUUCAAACUCUAAGAUUGACGAAGACAAAGCACUAACAAUUUGUCGUGAAAGGAAGCGCUUUGUCAAACAAGCUCUUGAUGGAAGAUUCUUGUUGGGUGCCGCACAUGUUUCUUAUGUCAAUUCUCUUAGAAAUACUGGAACUGCGCUCACGAAAUUUGUUGAAGUCCUAGACGAGACUUCCCUGCAUGCCUCAACUUCUACGGCAAGUGAACCACAUAGUUUCCCUGUGAAACGUAACUCACACUUGUCCAACACAUCACUAUCUCCCACACAGCAUGUGGGCGUGGUGAAUGAACCUUUUUCUCCAACCCAUUCUCCUCCCCGCUCCGGAAGGUUUCAUGUGAAUCAUAUGGCAGCUUCCAGGAUUAAUUCAAUAACAAUUGAGGAGAGACCGCCUGUUCUACUAGAAGCAACUGUACAAACCUUUUCCCCUAUGAGAUUCUCAGGAUCGCAUUCAAACGAGAUUUCUUUGCAUAUGAAUCAUAUGAAAACUUCCAAGAUUCCUUCAAUAACAUUUGAAGAGAGGCUUCCCACUCCAGGAAGAGCAAUUGUAGAAGCAUCAUCUCCUUUGAAAAGUUUGCAACCACAUUCAGAAGAUAGCUCUUCAUCUGACGCUCCACCUCCCGGCACUCCACCAUGGGAUUAUUUUGGCCUCUUCCAUCCAUUAGACAACCAGUUCUCCAUUGGAGAAGGGAAGGUGCAUGGUCAUGGGUUUGAUGGUGCAGAUGAUAUCAGGCAUCUCAGUGAGGAGGAAGGCAUUCCAGAACUGGAAGAUGAAGGUGAGCAGUCUUCAUCGCAUGAUAAGGGUCAUGAUUCAAUGGAUUCGGGAGAUGAUUUUGACCAAAUAUCUGAUGCGCCAUUUGUUCAAAUUUAUAAAAAUCGCAACGAUGGGUUAGUUGAUCCUUCAACAAAUGCUAUACCAUCUGCUGACAACAUUGCUUCUGAAAAUGAUGAGGAAAAUGGGGAGAAUAUUGGGCCAAACAUUGGCUUACAUCACAUUGAAGAAACUUCCCUUGUAAAAUUCUUGAGGACCUCUUCUACGACAGUUGCACUUCCGAUGAAUGGAAAGCAGAAGGAGAAUGGAUCUGAUAGUAAUUCCAAUGAGGAAUUCUUAUCAUGUAUAAAAGAGAUUGAAACUCUAUUUGUCAAGGCAGGUGACUAUGGAGGAGAAGUUCAAAGGAUGCUAGAAGCAAACAAAUUGCAGUUCCGUCCAUUGUUUACAGAAGAAAUUGCUCACAAGUGGAAGGCAUCUACAUUUCUUACAGCUUGUUUUACUUGUGGCAAGGAAGAAGUUCAUUUCUCACAAGUUCCUUUAUCAAAUGAGAUGAAAUACUUAACAUGGCAUGGUUCUAUGUCAUCGAGGUCUUCUUCAUCGAGAAUUCCUUUUGGUACAGCAUCAAAAGAUGAUGCUGAUGAUUUGAGCGGUAAUCUUUUUGGCAGCACAUGCAUGAAUUCAGGCAGCCAUGCCUCCACGUUGGAUAGGUUGUAUGCGUGGGAAAGAAAACUUUAUGAUGAAGUUAAGGCAAGUGGUUUCAUCCGAAGGGAGUAUGACUUAAAGUGCAGGAUGUUAAGACUGCAAGAUUCCAGAGCAGAAAGCACCUAUAAAAUUGAUAAAACCCGUGCUGCUGUCAAGGAUUUGCACUCAAGAAUUAGAGUUGCCAUUCAUAGGAUCAGCUCUAUAUCAAAGUCAAUUGAAGAGUUAAGGGAUAAGGAGCUACAACCACAACUAGAGGAGUUGAUUGGCGGAUUAACUCGAAUGUGGGCAAUGAUGCUAGAGUGCCACAAAAACCAGCAUAAAAUCAUCUCAGAUGCAAGCAAGAAGAACAGCUGUAAAGUUUCAGUGCAUUCUGAUUCCCACCGACAGGCAACCAUGCUUGUCCAGUUUGAGCUGAACUCUCUAUGCUCAAGCUUCACCAAAUGGAUUGCAGCACACAAAUCCUAUUUGCAUGCCAUAAACAACUGGCUUCUCAAAUGUGUCCUCAUGCCUCCUGCGCCAAAACAGAAAUCUUCGAGGAGAAGGCAAUUCUCACCAAGAACUGACAUCGCUCCACCAAUUUUUGUAACUUGCCGAGACUGGCUAGCCUUAAUGGAUGAGUUAGAUGUAGAACAAGUGGAAGAUGCCAUAAGUGAUCUCACUAAAGUCACAGCUCUCUUCAUGCCUCACACAGAAAAAGGCAAAGGUAGCUUGAUAUCCACCUUUUCUUUUUCAAGAAGUUUCAAGGGUGGCGAACAGUACGAGGAGAUUGAGAAAAAUGAAGUUUCUGUUGAUUGGAGCUUGAACUAUGAUAGUUUACAGUCUGGUCUAGUUGUCUUCUUUGAUCGGUUGAAGUCUUUUGCGGAGUCCUCACUUGUUAAAUAUGAAGCUCUACAGGCCUCCAUCAAUGAAGCUCGGUCUAGGUACUAUGAGAAUUCAGACAUCCGCAGGUAAUUUCACAAAAGUGUUAGAAUUGAGAAAAACUCGAUGUGAAGGAAGAAAUAAAAGCAAGGCCGGCUUAUAAUUUUUUCCAAAUAAUUUCACAAAAGCGUUCUCUUCUUUGUAAUGGGAUCAGGGAACGAAUGCAGCCAAGUUUUUUUUUUUUUUUUUUUUUUUUUUUUUUUUUUUUUUUUUUUUCAAGUUUUUUAUUGAAAUAACCACAUUAAUAAGGUAAUGUAAGUUUAAUACAUGUAGAUUUCCACAGUACAGUGUAGCUUAAUUGAGUUUUGCCAUAGUGAGCUGAGCUUAAUUGUAGUUGCAGAUGUAAAGGCUUGGUUAGUGGAAUAACUGAUGUUCAUGAUUUAUUUUCUAUGCUUUUUUUGCUUAUUUACUAA